AGAUCUGUCAAAUAACCUUAAAAGGAAAUGUGUUGUCCAGUGUCCUCAGGCAAGAAAAAUUUGAUACAAGUUUAGAUUUUGGAUGUCUUGUUUUUCAGAGUGCUUCUAAGUUUAAUUCACCUCAAUAUUCUCAAUAAGAAGCAGUAUGUCUACAACCAAUAAGGGAACAUUUCAACCGGAUUCCGAUUUUCAAAUUAGUUAUGAAGAUCAACAAAAAAUUAACCAGUUUGCAAGAUUACAUGCUAAAAUGAAGGAAUUAAAAGAUGAUAUCACAAUUAGAGAGAAUGAUCUCAAAAGUAUAGAAGAGGCAUCUGAUGAAGUUGCACUAUUUGAUGAUGAGGAAAAAAUUCCAUAUCUUGUGGGGGAGGUAUUCAUAUAUCGUGAUACAGCUAAUACACAGGAAUGCUUAGAAGAGGCAAAGAAACUACUGGCACAAGAAAGAAGUGAUCUUCUUACCAAAACAAAUGAAUUGAAGGAAAGUAUGAACGAUCUAAAGUAUCAUCUCUAUGGAAAGUUUGGUAGCCACAUCAAUUUAGAAGCCGAAGAAUAAGUGUACCUUUUGAUAUUUCAAGUUUGAAUCUUGAAGAAUGGGACAAACCACAUCUAUUCUUUGUUUAUCAUGCUACUACCUACUACUAGUGGAUCCAUAUUUUUCUUGUCUUACAAAAAUAUUUAUUGUGAGUUUGAUAAUAAAAUUCAGUUCUUAACAUCAA